AGUGAAGUGCCAAACUGAAAUCUGUUGUUUUCGAGUUGCUAAGACGAAAGUGGAGGAAAACGAAUUGAUAUAACAACACGAGUAAGAUGUCUUCAGAUGAAGCAGUGCUCACCAGUCCAGUACUGCCAAAGGACUCAGACAGAGGUAGCUCAGUGUCUUCUGAGCUCCAAGAUGAAUAUGAAGAACUGCUUCGUUAUGCUGUGGUCACUCCCAGAUAUGAGCCAAGUAUUCCAUCACAGUUGUUAAGCAGCUCCUUACGUUCAAAAGGUGUCCAGGACUCCAGUGUGAUGCAUGAUCCAAGGCCCGGGGCAUUGCAGGACAUCAGUGAACAUGGGAGACGAGCAGCAGCGCCAAAUGAGCUGAUUAUAGCCAACAUGGCUCAACAGUUACAAGUAUCUCGACCACCAAGUCGAAUUUCUGAAGGGGAGAUGGCAGCCAGGUCUGAAGCAGAGUCAGAAAGAACACAUACCGGCUCAGAUCGAUCUGGAAGGAGCAGUCCUGAUCCUGUGAUGACAGAGAUUUUCAUUUCGGAGGAGAACCUAAACACGAUGGAGGACAUUCUAGACACAUGGAGCAACAACUUGAAGAGUAAUGUAAUGAUGGAGCUCAGGAAAUGGAAACUGGCCUUCGUUGAGCAGCAUCGAUUGGAGAUGAAGAAGGAAAGGGAGAAGCAUGCUGCUCACCUAGCCGGCAUUCAUGCAGAGAUGGACAGCCUUAAAGACCUGCUCAAUACCUUCCAGCUCUCCAAUCAGCGAAAAGAUGAGGUGAUAGUGAAUCUGACGCGGGCGGUUGACAGGCAGCGGGAGCGUCUGGAGCUGAUGAAGAGCUUCACCCAGUGGAGACUUCAGCACUGUGCUGCCAGAGAGGAGGUGCAGGCAAGCAGGUUGGCAGAGCAGCACUACCAGCUACAGCUUAAAAAGAGGGUGUGGGCUGCCUGGCACUCACUUAUCCAGAGAGGUUGGAAGGAGAAGGCAGAGCGGGCAUGCCGUGCUCGUGCUGAGGAGGUCUGCAUGCAGCUCUCUGCAGACUAUGAAUCUAAACUGGCUGAGCAUGUGGAGGCCCUGCAGAAAGCUCAGACAGAAAUCCAGAGACUGCAUACAGAGAGAGAACACUAUGAAGACUCUAUGAAAAAAGCAUUCAUGCGUGGUGUCUGUGCUCUUAACAUCGAGGCUCUCAGCAUUUUUAACACCGGAGAUACAGGCAGACAGGAACGAGCGGAAUCUCCACUCUUGGGCGAACAACCCAGCACUAGCUCAAUGACCAAUCGUCCACUCAGAACUGCCUCCUCUGCACGCCUUAGCCCAAUCAGCAUGGAGUCUCCUGUUCAGCCCACCCACUCUUACAGCGACAAAGAACACACAGAAGCAGAUCAGUUAACCUUUCAGGCUGGCUACAGUACAGCAGGGAGCCGGUCAGACCCACUAGCUCCUACUACAACAGUGAACACUGAUUUAGCACCCGGGUACAGCACAUCCCUUAGACAGCAGACGGGUGCACGGACGGUAACUGCGGGUCAGCAGAAAGCUACCAAGACUGUAACUGCACGUAUAACAGGACGUUCAGAAGUAGCCCGGACAGGCCGUAACACCAGCAAUCUGAACGUCAUGGGUGUAGCGCCACCUAUGAGCUCUGUUAUUGUGGAAAGACAUCACCCUGUCACUCAGCGUACUAUCAGUCAGGCAACAGCAGCCAAGUUUCCUCGCUCAGCUCUACAGAGUCACACUGUGUCCAGUACUAAGAGCUCUACCCAGGCCAGACCCUCAUUCUCUUCCAUCAGGGUAGUGGACUAGCAAAGUAUGUGCACCUACACACGCACCACUCCAUCCUGCACCGUGUGUAAACACGGUAUAGUGAAUGUACUCGGACCAUUGAACUGUUUACACAGAACUGAAGUCUAAUGAAUGAAUUUGCAACCUUGGCUUUACUGUUUUAAUAAUCAGGGCAAACUAAGUUAGAAGUGUUUUAUAUUGUUCAUUCAGGGUUUAAUUCUAUUUAUAAUGUUUGACGCUUUAUUAAUCCUUUUAUUUUUAUACUGAAGGAAUUUACAUGAGGCUUUAAUUUUAUUUAUCACGUGACUUUAACCACAUCUGCACAAUUGUGUAUUUUACUUGUAUAGAUGUAAACGGUGUGAGUUGAUGUUCAUUAAUGUAGCAUGUCGCAUUUGCUGUUUCUCAUGAA